AAUGGUGGGAAGCAUCACGUGAUAUCCAGCUCACCAAUCAGAGGUGAAGAUCAGUUGGCCCCACCCAUCCUUCUUUACCAGCUCUGACUGGACCCAGCCGGCGGCAUUACUUGCCACCGGAGUUUUGUCUCAGAGCCUUCACUUGGGUCAGAGCUGGAAUCCUAUAGCAUGGCUACUCAGGCACCUCGAGGGAAGCAGCAGAAGCCCCAGCAGGGUGAGGUACCCAGAGGGCAGAAGAAUGAGGCCACCCUAGCCCCUGGCCAUGUCUUUGGGAGGGUAUAUCAAGAUCCUGUUGCCUUGGUCCCCACAGCCUCAAGCCAUGAGGCUGUGUUUGGAGACACUGAUCAAAGCAGCACAGCAGGUUCUGCUACCUCUGCCGUCGUUUCCACUGCCUGUGAAGACCCUGUGCUGCCCUCCGUGGACAGUAUGUCAGCAAAACGCCGUGUUGACCUCCAGGACAGCCGUGGUUCCCAGGCAAGCCUGAGACAUGAGGAACCUGAGACCAGUGGCCAGGAGCAACCCCAGGCCCAGAAAAAGAGCCCUGAGAACAAACGUCGUAAGAAGCAGCCCAGCCAGCCCAGCCGAGAUCAGGCUGAAAAGCCUACAGGGAGCCACCUGCUUCCUGGGGCUUCUGCGCAGGCGUCUGUGCCUCCGCCGCCAUCUUCUCAGCCCGGCCGCCGCCGUCGUUCUCAAGCCUCCACAUGGAAUCAUGCAACCGGUCCAGGACCUGCUCUCCGCAGCCAAGCCCUCAGGGCAGACUCUGCCCUCUGCAGUGGCACCACUGUUCCAGGCCAUGGCCCCCAAAGCCAUGCAUCUACACCAGGUCCUGCUCACCACAGUCGUGCCACACCACCAGGCCCUGUUCUGCGUAGCAGUGCAUCCAGGCCUAGGCCUGCUCUUCGACGCCGUGCCAGCCCACCAGGCCCAGUUCUUCGCAGUGGUGCAUCCAGGCCCAGCCCUGAUCAUCGCCAUGCAUCUGCACCAGGCCCUGGUCUCCGCCGUCGCUCCAGUGCACCAGGUCCUGUUCUUCGCAGUGGUUCAUCCAGGCCCCGCCCUGUUCCCCAGAAUGGAGCCUCUCAACGUGGGUCUGAUCUCCGUGGGUCUGAUCUCCGCAGCCAUGUCACUCGGCCAGGUCCUGCUCUUCGACGUCCAGUAUCUGCAUCAGCCACUAAUCCCAGGAGCCGUGCCACCCGACCAGGUGCUGAUCUUCGCAGUGGCAGCACUUCAUCAGUUCCUGUUCGCACCAGUGCAUCCCGGCCAAACACCACCCUCAGAAGACCUGCAACAAAGUCCGGCCCUACUCCUAGCAGCACGACCUCAACCAUAGGCCUUGGUCCCCGGAGGAGACGCCCCACCCUGCAGAGGUCAUCUGGAAGGUCGGCCAUUCCCAGUCGAGGCGCUCUGCCUAACCCAGGUGGCAGGAGACCUCCUCCUUCCUCUAGGGCACCCUUACAGCAUGUCUUUCAGAGUAGCUCAAGUUCUUCUGAACGUGAGGUUGGAAGCCCGGUUGGAAGCCCGCCUUCUCCGUUUGUCUGGCAUGCAGUCCGUAUGCGUGCUUCCUCUCCUUCACCCCCUGGUAGGUUCUUUCCUUUGCAUAGGCAGCGCAGUGAGAGCAUCUCUACCUCCACCUCGCCCUCCUCGCCCUCCUCCUCCUCCUCAUCCUCCUCAUCCUCCUCCUCGUCCUCCUCAUCCUCCUUGUCCUCUUCCCCUUCUUCCUCCCCAAUUAGAUCUCCUGGCUUAAGCCCCUCUUCAUCUCCCACCAAGUUUCCUGGCCAGGAUUCCUCAUCCUCUUCUCCUCCGUGCUAUGGCUUGGAUUCUAUCUCUACUCCUAGCCCUUCCAGCCUUAGGCGUGCCUUGCUGCCUGAGCUGGAUGCCCCGAGCUCAGAAAUUCCUGGGGAACAGGGAGGAGAACAGGUGUAGGGGGAUCAUCUCAUGCCCCUACACCAUUUGUGCUGUGACCUCUUCUGUGAGUGUCCUCCAAGACCCACAGAAGGAAUCAGCAUCCAACAGCGCAUGGAUAGAUUAUUCUAUGCAUACCUGUAUACCUGUGAGAUUUUCCAAGAAUUCUAGCUAUUAAUCAAUAUCCUGAGCAAUUUUGAAGCAUCCUCUCCCCAUGACCCUGAUGCUCAGCAAUUACCUGCCCUUUGCCCUUGAUUUCAAGCCCCAUUCUUCCUCAAAAGGGCCUGCCUUUGCCCCUGAGUUGACAAUUGUUUUCCCUAAGU